UGGACGGUUGGGCAAGGGAGGGCGUGGUGGCCUGUGCGAGUCGGUGUGGAGGCGGCGGUCUGAGGCCGCGACUCCGUGAGGCCUCGCCGCGAUUCCCCCCCCCUCCCCCCCCGGGCGGAAUGGAGGAGGCGUUCAGGGCCAUCGAGCGCGGGCAGGGAGGCUGGGAGCGCGCCUUCCAGGACCUGGCCCGGGACAGCUCGAACUUCUCGUGCCGCGUGGCUCACCUACCGCUCAACCGCACGCUGAACCGUUACCGCGACGUCAGCCCAUAUGACGACAGUCGGGUGAAGCUGCAGAGGGGAGAUAACGACUACAUCAAUGCCAGCCUGGUGUGCGUGCCCCAAGCCGGCCGCAAAUACAUACUCACACAGGGACCUCUGCCACACACGUGCGGUCACUUCUGGCAGAUGGUGUGGGAGCAGGGCUCGCGGGCCGUGGUCAUGCUCAACCGGCUCGUGGAAAACAACUCGAUUAAGUGCGAGCGGUACUGGCCGUUGCCUGACCACCCCGAGAUGAUUUUCGACGACACGGGCGUGCGUGUGGUGCUCCGUCGCGAGCGCGAACGCCAGAGCUUCACCAUGCGCCGACUCGAGCUGGAGUUCCUGCCGAGCGGGGAGCGCCGCGAGGUGCUGCAGUUCCACUACACGGCGUGGCCGGACUUCGGCGUCCCGUCGUCGCCCGCUCGCUUCCGCGCCUUCCUGCAGGCGGUGCGCGCAUCGGGGGUCCUGCACAGCGGCCAUGGCCCCACGGUCGUGCACUGCAGCGCCGGCAUCGGCCGCUCCGGCUCCUUCUGCCUCGUCGACGCCUGCCUGGCACUGCUGUCGGAGCGAGGCGAGGUGGACGUGCGAGCCGAGCUGCUGUCGAUGCGACGCGCCCGAAUGGGCCUCAUCCAGACAGCCGACCAGUUGCGCUUCUCAUACCUCGCCUUGCUGGGGGAAGACGCGCACUCCCAGGACGAUGACAAAGACAGCGACGCUGAAGAUGAGGACACCGAGAUGCUCCGCCUCACCCCGCUGCCACCCCCCCCAAACACGCCACCGCUCCCGCCCCCCCGCCGCUCGCUCGAGCCUACGUCGCCCCCCUUCUUCCCGGCAACCCCAGAGGGUAAAGCAAACCCCCCCGCACUCCCCGACAGACCCCUGACGGGCCCGGCGAGUGGAAUGCUGGUGGACGGGUGCGUUAACGGACAGUCGGACGGGCCAGGCGACGCACGGGAAGAGGUAGAGGCGGGCGACGGCUCGCAGGGAGACGCGCAGAUUGGGAGACGGGGAGAGCCGCCGGUGGGCGAGCUUGCCGACGAGCGGGCAAAGCCGCGAACGGACGAUUGCGUGGACGCUCCGAGGGAUUCGCGGACAAACGGACGAGCGGACGGACGGGACGAGCUACCGCCGCCUCCAGCGGACUCGGACUUGGAGGGAGACGCAGAUAACGGACGGGAAGAAGUGCGGGCGGGCGAGGGCGAGGCCGGACGGGAAGACGCAGCAGGGGACGUGCACGCGGACGGAGGUGGCGGCGUGCGUGCAGACGGGCUGGGAGAUGUGGAUGGGAAGCCCAGGCUGCGCGCGGUCGGACAGGCGGAACGCCGCGUCGAGAAUCAACGCGCGGACGGAGUCUUCGCGGACGGGCCGAACGGCAAUCUAGUGCGACAGGUGGACGGGACCCCGCAGGUCCGCGGCAGACGCGCUGCGCCGUACCCGUUGCUAUACCAGCUGGCCGCGGUGAUUUUGCCGGCCCUGCUGUUCGUCGCUUACCGUGCUUUGUUUGGCGAGCGGCGGUGAUGGUGGGUGGGUGAUGAGGUUUGGGCGGGGGGGGGGGGUACAGGGAGGGGUGGGGGGCGGUGACUGUUACAAUGACGACUUGUGUCGCGCGUUGUUUGACGUGGUGCCCGGCGUCUCGCUUCUCACGUUUGGGGAGCUUCUUCGGCGCUCGAUUUCAGUUGCUGAUGGAGCCACACCUGUCACCGUUCCGCUCCGAGGCUGAAAAAGCUUUUUCGUGGCACGCCAAGCGAAACGUCGGCACAUCGCGUCGACUGACAUGAGAUACGGCCCAAAAUCGCCAGAGAGCUGAACUCGGAAACUGGGGACGAUGCCCGAGCAGGCGCGCAUGGCCUUGAUGAUGGUGGGGAUGACGACGACGACAAGGAUGAGCUGUAGUGACCGUUGCGCUGGCUGCAUUACGGGGACAGCGGUGGCUGUAGGGGACAACGAGAAAGAUUACUGCGCUCACAGCGGCGCAAAUUUAAUUGUUGCCAUAAAUCGUUUGAUCGUUUAUAGCAUUAUGCUAAUUCUUACAGAGAAUGUGUUAAUGCGUGCAACGGGUUUCGUCGCUCAUUCAUGCGCCACAUCCUUCCCCUGAAUGGCUCUUGGAUUAAAAAAAUGGACAUCAAGGAGUUAACGAGACUACGGCAGUCGUACCACCGCUCGUCGAAUCACACGGGUGGGUAGGGACAGUUACGUUAAUGACACGGUGAUCGUAAAGCGCGCCUUCGAGAUAGUGGGGAAAAUGCUGAGUGAAGGGGGUUGGGCGGGCAAUACACUAAAUCCGUCCUCUUUACAAAUCCAGAUAUUUCCGUGAAGAACAAACGUUACCCAUUUACAAUAAUUAAUUAUUUCUAUUAUUAUUAUUACGAUGGCUUUUUGUAUAAAAAUUGAAAAAAACAAUGUAAAGAUAUAAACCACUGCAAAAAAAUCACCAAAAUGUCACAAGACAAUUCUGGACCCUGCACACUCCAAAGUGACAAGGCCGUCGCUGCCGAACUGCGCCAGGGCAGCUGGGUGUAAUUGUGAUCGUCAAAUUUCCAAUGUUUUUUUUAUCAUAAUUUUGGGACCCCCGCUCCCACCCUGUUAUACGCAGGGACACGGUGGGUUACGCACAUCGCUAGACAACGACGAUGCACAAUUUUUAGCCUAGGUCACGAAUGCGCUCCUGCAAACGUAGAUAGCUCUACCUCUAAAAAGGUCAACUCGUAAAUAUGCAUAUUGUUUUGAAUACUCUACGGAAAUUGUUUUAACGCAGUGCAGCGUCGCAUAUCCGACCCGAUCAAUUAACCACCCGUGCGGUAGCUGUGCAUGGUUGUAACAAGAUACUAGUUUCCACAGCUAAUAACAAAUCCGACCUUUUCACAAAAGUAUCGUGAUAAUAUCUUUGCAUUUAUAUAACACUUGGCUUAAUAUACCCCAACAACUCACCUUGCAUCGCAACGCAUCUCAACCAUUCGAUGGGCACCCCCCCCCUCAGUGGCAGCUGUCCCUGUGCGUCGACGCAAGGCGACUCCGUUGUUCUGCUUGUGGGUGAGCGCCGAUUCCAAUGUUGUCGUCCCAAUUGAGCAAUUCCUUAGCGUGCAGUCAAGCGUUUCCCCCGCGUUAAAUCGAGCCGCACUUGAAUUCGUCCCGUGACCCGUUUUGCGCGCACGUAGUGCGACUCACCGUGCCACGUGGCCGUCCUUCGCCUCUGCCCCAUAUGCCAGUCCCCAACGAGUGGGAUAUGUGACGCUGUAUUGUUGGUAUAUAUAUUUGCACUGGCUUUUUUGUUUUCUUCCACCCUCCCCACCCGCAUGCAGCAGGGAUAAUGCACUAUGCAGGUUGGAAGGGGUCUCGCGCUUGCCCGCUUAAAACCGGGCCUAACACCCGAGCAAUCCGUCCCGUAACCAAAUCGCGCAACUCGCCGGCACACAACUGCUUUGUCCACGUCUCCGCGAGGAGUUGCGGCUAUCUAAUGGCUCUCGAAAUUGCGUAACCUUAUCGAUCGCCUGCAACUGCUUUUUCCACUUCUCGGCGAGUAGUAGAUGCGCCAACAACAACAAACAUUGAAUGGCGCUUGUACAGGGUGACCCAAAAAAAACGGGCCCCGUGCCUAUUAGAGUUAUUAGAGUUGGGGCCUGUUUUUUUUGGGUCACCCUGUAUUCUGGAUUACUUAUUUAAGUUGAUAACACUGGUCAACACACUUUUUCUGGCAUAAGGUAUUUCAACGGGUUUAAUGUAAUUUUGGGGUGCUGAUUCCAAAUCUGGCAUCAGUUUUUGUCUAUCACAUCAGGUUUUUGAGAUAUCAAAUAAUGCAUUUUCAAUAUAAACUGCAGAAGAAAAAUAUUAAAUAAGUGUGGAUAUCUACAUAAAAUUAUAUUUUAAACACACUAUCCUAAAAAUACAGCACCAUAUUUUAACACUAAAGCAGUCACUGACUCGCAACAACUUGCAAUCAUAAGUGACACAGUUAAUUUCGGGUAAAAUCAAUGAAAAUGGGGUAUGCCGAUAGCAUAAAAAUGAGAUCUGAUAGAGAAAAUCUGAGAUUAGAUUUGGAAUCAGCACCCUGAAAUUAGUCUAAAACAGCUGCAAAAGUCCAGGCCAGAAAUGUUUUUUUUUGUUGACCAGUGUUAUCAAACGCAGUUUGUGAAUGCGUCACGCGAUGGAACGCAUCGCUAUACAUCGGGAAGGCGAAGUCUGUGCUCUCAUCCAAGAAUAAGCAACCGAUUGCAGAGGCACUCCCACAUAGAGCAAUUUAGUUGUGUGCAUCCAACUGCUCGGGGUGUGAAACCGGUGUUAAGGGCCUGUGCUCGUGUUGCUUGCUUCAUAAUCUACGGGGCCCGGGUUGGGUCUCGGUCCGGGUCGCGAGCUAUGUUGGAGGGUUGGGCCUGGGUGGUAAGCUGCGGUGUAGGGGUUGGGUUUUUAAUCGAUGAGUUUUCACGCAUUCCUACCGACGGAUUAUAAGAACAUUCUGGAAAAAGUGAGAUGCACCCCAAACGUGUGCCUCGUGGUCAAUAAAGUUAUACAAAUAUCUGGUCAACAACAGCCA